UCUCUCACCUCGCCUCCUGUCCCAUUUUCGUGGGGGGGAGCGCAAGACUGGUUUGCUUAACGGGCUUCCCUUUUGGAGUCCUUUUUAUCCCUCAAAGUCAGCGGCUAAUACCCCAUCAAGUAGCCGAGAUUGGGCGAAUAGCGAGCAAAUACGUCCGCGUUUCUUUGCCUGCUCCCCCACCGAUCUCCCUUCCACAACCCCCAGCACUGAGAGCUGGAAAGGUCGAGGUUGCUGCAGAACAGGCCCAACCGCCAGGGCUCGACCUGUCUUCCCCUCCACCUCCCCAAAUACACCUUUCUCGGACCGGGUUCCUUUCUGAGCUAGCAUCAGGAAAGGGCGAGGGGAACGAAGACGACAGGCAUCACACCACAACAAUCGUCAAAAUGAACCAGAACCACAACCACACUCAGCAACAGCAGCAAAAAACCGGCGAGCAACAGCUUAGCGAGCCCGAGGAUAUGGAGAUGGAAGCUGGAGAUACAGACAACCCCCUGAGGAUCUCCCAGAAUCCUGUCAUCAAUGGGAAUGUAGCCAUGGCUGAUGGACAUAACACAGAGGAAGACAUGGAGGAUGACACCAGUUGGCGAUCAGAAGCUACUUUUCGCUUUGUAGUGGAGCAAUUCAGCAGACUGAGCGAGUCUGUUCUUGGCCAACCUUGUUUUGUGAGGAACUUGCCCUGGAAGAUCAUGGUAAUGCCUCGCUUCUACCCAGACAGGCCACACCAGAAGAGUGUGGGCUUCUUCCUUCAGUGCAAUGCAGAGUCUGAAUCCACGUCAUGGUCAUGUCAUGCCCAGGCAAUGCUGAAAAUCAUAAACUUUAAAGAUGAUGAAAAAUCUUUCAGUCGCAGGAUCAGCCACCUUUUCUUUCACAAGGAAAAUGACUGGGGCUUUUCCAACUUCAUGUCUUGGAGUGAUGUGACUGAUCCAGAGAGGGGCUUUAUUGAAGAUGACAAAGUGUCCUUUGAAGUGUAUGUACAGGCUGAUGCACCACACGGAGUGGCGUGGGAUUCAAAGAAACACACCGGCUAUGUUGGGUUGAAGAACCAAGGAGCGACAUGCUACAUGAACAGUUUAUUACAGACACUGUUCUUCACAAAUCAGCUUCGGCGGGCUGUGUAUAUGAUGCCUACAGAAGGAGAUGAUUCCUCCAAAAGUGUGCCGCUUGCCCUACAGAGGGUUUUCUAUGAGCUUCAACAUAGUGAUAAGCCCGUGGGAACAAAGAAGUUGACAAAGUCAUUUGGGUGGGAAACACUAGACAGUUUCAUGCAGCACGAUGUGCAGGAACUCUGUCGAGUGCUUCUCGACAAUGUUGAGAACAAGAUGAAAGGCACUUGUGUGGAAGGCACUAUUCCUAAACUUUUCAGGGGAAAGAUGGUGUCCUAUAUCCAGUGUAAGCAUGUGGACUACAUAUCUGAGCGAAUAGAAGAUUACUAUGAUAUCCAGCUCAGUAUAAAGGGAAAGAAAAAGAUCUUUGAGUCCUUCAAAGAUUACGUGACAGUGGAACAGCUGGAUGGGGACAACAAAUAUGAUGCUGGAGAGCAUGGUCUGCAGGAAGCUGAAAAAGGGGUGAAGUUCCUGACAUUGCCUCCGGUUCUGCACUUGCAGCUCAUGCGAUUUAUGUAUGACCCCCAGACAGACCAAAACAUAAAGAUCAAUGACAGAUUUGAGUUCCCAGAACAGUUACCUCUCGAUGAGUUUCUGCAGAAGCCAGAUGUGAAGGACCCUGCCAAUUACGUUCUCCACGCAGUGCUGGUUCACAGUGGGGAUAACCAUGGCGGGCACUAUGUGGUCUAUCUCAACCCCAGAGGAGAGGAAAAAGUGAGUUUCAAGGAGCCAAUAUGGUGCAAAUUUGAUGACGAUGUUGUGUCCAGAUGUACGAAAGAAGAGGCGAUUGAGCACAACUACGGAGGGCAUGACGAUGACUUAUCUGUGCGUCACUGUACAAACGCAUACAUGUUGGUGUACAUUAGAGAAUCCAAACUCAGUGAGGUGUUGCAGCCUGUUACAGACCUCGACAUCCCUCAGCAGCUGGUAGAGCGACUCCAGGAAGAGAAGAGGGUGGAAGCCCAGAAGAGGAAGGAGCGGCAGGAGGCUCAUCUGUACAUGCAAGUGCAGAUUGUAACAGAAGAUCAGUUCUGUGGACAUCAGGGCAAUGACAUGUAUGACGAAGAAAAAGUUAAGUACACAGUGUUCAAAUUCCUGAAGAACUCUACGCUUGCAGAGUUUGUCCAGAACCUCUCCCAGACAAUGGGCUUCCCUCAGGAUCAGAUACGGUUAUGGCCAAUGCAGGCAAGGAGUAAUGGUACAAAGAGGCCAGCCAUGUUGGAUUAUGACGCUGAUUGCAGCAAGUCUAUGAUUGACUUGAGUGACAAUGAAAACCCAUGGACAAUAUUUUUGGAAACGGUCGAUCCAGAAAUAGCAACCACUGGUGUGGCUUUACCCAAGUUUGACAAAGACCAUGAUGUCAUGUUGUUCUUGAAGAUGUACGAUCCAAAGUCUAGCAGCUUAAAUUAUUGCGGACAUAUCUACACUCCUAUAUCCUGUAAAAUAAGAGACUUGCUGCCAGUCAUGUGUGAAAGAGCAGGAUACCAGCAAGGAACUAGCCUUAUCCUCUAUGAGGAAGUUAAACCAAACUUAACAGAGAGAAUUCAAGACUAUGAUGUCUCCCUAGACAAAGCUCUCGAUGAACUCAUGGAUGGGGAUAUAAUAGUGUUUCAGAAGGAUGACCCUGAAAAUGACGCAAGUGAAUUACCAACUGCAAAAGACUACUUCAGAGACCUGUACCACCGUGUUGAUGUAAUCUUCUGUGACAAAACAAUCCUCAAUGACCCAGGCUUUGUGGUGACACUCUCAAAUAGAAUGAACUACUUCCAGGUGGCUAAAACUGUUGCUCAGAGGUUAAACACUGACCCAAUGUUGCUUCAGUUCUUCAAGUCCCAAGGAUACAGAGAUGGACCUGGUAACCCUCUCCGGCACAAUUAUGAAGGCACUCUCAGAGACCUGCUGCAGUUCUUCAAGCCCAGGCAGCCUAAGAAGCUGUUCUAUCAGCAGUUGAAGAUGAAUAUCACAGAUUUUGAAAACCGAAGGAGUUUCAAGUCCAUAUGGCUGAACAGUCAGUUUCGGGAAGAGGAAAUAACACUCUACCCUGACAAGCAUGGCUGUGUCCAAGACCUGUUGGAAGAGUGUAAAAAAGCUGUUGAACUGUCUGAAAAAGGCUCAGAAAAGUUGAGGCUGCUCGAAAUUGUAAGCUACAAAAUAAUUGGGGUCCACCAAGAAGAUGAAUUGUUAGAAUGUUUAUCUCCAGCUGCAAGUCGGACAUUCAGAAUAGAGGAAAUUCAUCUGGACCAAGUAGAUCUUGAUAAGGAAAACGAAAUGCUGAUUCCUGUUGCACAUUUCCACAAGGAAGUUUUUGGAACUUUUGGUAUCCCGUUUUUACUGAAAAUCCGUCAGGGCGAGCCCUUCAGAGAGGUCAUGAGGAGAAUUCAGACCAUGCUUGAUGUUCAGGAGAAAGAGUUUGAAAAGUUUAAGUUUGCAAUUGUGAUGAUGGGACGGCAUCAGUACAUCAACGAAGAUGAAUAUGAAGUAAAUCUGAAAGACUUUGAGUCUCAGCCAGGGAAUAUGUCGCAUCCUCGGCCGUGGUUAGGGCUUGACCAUUUCAACAAGGCUCCAAAGAGAAGCCGCUACACAUACCUGGAAAAAGCAAUCAAGAUUCACAACUGACAAGAUUCACAACUUUGGCCUAACCUACCUGAUUAAAGACUAACCAAACCCAUUUUGUGCAUCACAUAACAGCUUGGGUACAAGUGUUCUCAGAAAGGAUUUGCAGCAAUGGGUUUUUUUCCCCUCAGUUGGCCUUCCGUGUCUUCUGACUGCCUUGGUUUAGAAUAAUGGAUUGGAUUUUAUCACAGUGGUGUGGACAGUAUGUACCUACACUACAUGGCCAAAAGUAUGUACGUAUAUUUGCUGCUAUAACGACCUCCACUCUUCUGGGAAGACUAGAUGUUGGUGCAUUGCUGCAGGAAUUUGCUUCCAUUCAGCCAGAAGAGCAUUAGUGAGGUUGGGCACUGAUUGGGUGAUUAGGUCUGGCUCGCAGUUGGCUUUCCAAUUGAUCCCAAAGGUGUUGGAUGGGAUUGAGGUCAGGGCUCUGGGUAGACCAGUGAAUUUAUUCCACACCAUUCUCAAAAGAAACCAUUUCUAUAUGGACCUCGCUGUGUGCAUUGUCAUGCUGAAACAGGAAAGGACCUUCCCCAGACUGUUGAGGAAGCGCAGAAUUGUCUAAAAUGUGAUUGUAUGCUGUAGCAUUAAGAUUUGCCUUCACUGGAACUAUGGGGCCUAGCCAAAACCAUGAAAAACAGCACCAGACCAAGGAGUGUCUAGAUCAUUUUGGUCAUACAGUGUAUUUUUAAUAGUUGAUAAUGACAAGAAAGCUGCUGCACAAGAACAAGGAAGCAAUGGGGGAAAGAAAAUUUGGCAUUUCUUCUACCCUUCACAAAGUCUUAGGGAACAGGCAUGCUGGUUGCCUAAUGUGGUUAAUAUUUCCUGACUUUAGCACAGGUAGUCAACAAAUCAACAAAUCUUCUACAAAACAAAUGGCAAGUUUUAAGUCUACUUCAUUUUUGCACGUUCACACUUAAGAUACUAUUUUGUUACUAAAAGGAGUCUUUGGUUUUGAUUUGUUCUCCUCCCCUUAUCCUCUUUGCCGUGGGUUUAUGUUGGGAUUAUUUGAUGGCUUUAAUGACUUCUGAAGUGUUGCUGUGUCGUAGCAAGCAGCUGCAAAUGCAUUUGACUGGUUUUGGAUGUAGACUAAUUGAAAUGCAACCCUUUCGCACAGGAGUGCCCACUAGUGUAUAGUAAGCUAUUGACUUUGUAAUAUUUUAAAAAAGAAUUGUUGGAUACAAAUCAAUUCAGAUGUCCAUAUACAUUGUAUAUUUUUGGUUCCUUCACAUAAUUUCAUUUCUCAUUUUAAGCAAUCACUACACUAUGUCUAGCUUGAGUGCAGUACAAAGACGCCCUUGAAUAGCUGUCAGUUCCUUCUGUCCAAUUUCCUCCAUGUUGCAGCAGUGUACAACUUCCUGUAUAUUGCUUUUUUGCUGGAAAAUGUAUGUUGAAUAAAGUUUUGUAUAAAUAUG